AGAAGCCGUGGGUCAGUCAGUAUAGUGCCCGUGACACGUUCAGCGACGACCAGCGAGACCUCGACCUGUCCUCGAUCGGAUCAGAAUCGACGAGCAGGCAAAAUUACAUUCGAAUAAUGGAUGACGAAUAAAUACGACAAUUUAUUCGCGAUCGAGUCAUUCGUUCGAACAGAUAAAACUUUCGGGUUGUAUAUUUGUAAGAGCACAAUUCGAUUUGAUCUGCCAAGCCUUUUUAUGCGUUCGCUAUUGUCAGCCUAACGUUUUCGACCUCACCGGGGUCAUCUUUCGCCAACAAUGAAAGUCAAAGAGUUCUUCGAGCUAUAAUUGAUCUCUCCGCGCGGUAUCUUCUCAGUCGGUGAACUUUAACAGACCAUCGACAGAUCAAAUCGAGGAAGGUUGAACAGAUUCGUGACACAAGUUGUCCACCAGUGGAUAGGUGUUCCACUUUUUCGACAAGGGGACACUGUAGUUUUCAGGACAAGAAGGAUGUGGUCGCUUCUGCUGACCUUGGCCGUGACCGGCGCGAUGGGAGAGGUAGUGAAUGUCCACGUGAACGAUAACGCUCCGAAGAAUUUCAGUUUCGGAGUCGAUUACGAGAACAAUCAAUUUUUACUCGAUGGGGAACCGUUCCGGUAUGUGUCCGGCAGUUUUCACUAUUUUCGAGCCCCAAGACGUUACUGGAGGGAUCGUUUGAGGAAAAUGAGAGCGGCUGGGUUGAACGCCGUUUCCACUUACGUGGAAUGGAGUUUGCACGAACCAAGACCGGAUGUAUGGCACUGGUCGGGUGACGCAGACUUAACCGAAUUUUUGAGCAUCGCUCAAGAAGAAGGUCUGAUGGUCCUUUUGAGACCAGGUCCUUACAUCUGCGCCGAAAGAGACUUCGGAGGUCUUCCAUACUGGUUACUGACAAGCAUACCGGAUAUAAGAUUACGUACAAAUGACCCACGUUACAUGAGCUUCGUGGAAAGAUACUUAACGAAGGUGUUCGAAAAAGUCAAUCCUUACCUCAGGGGCAAUGGAGGUCCUAUAAUUAUGGUUCAGGUGGAAAACGAAUACGGAAGCUACGCCUGCGACACUGCGUACAUGAACAGACUGCGAGAGUUCAUGAACGAGAAGAUUGAAGCGAAAGCUCUUUUAUACACGACAGAUGGAAACAGCGCGAGCAUGGUUCGUUGCGGAUCCGUGAUUGGAGCUUAUACUACCGUUGAUUUCGGAGCUGGCUCUAACGUAACGAAAAGUUUCGAAACAAUGCGCUUGUAUCAACCAAAGGGUCCAUUUGUAAAUUCUGAGUUUUACCCUGGAUGGUUGUCGUCCUGGCAACAACCGUUUCAAAGAGUGCAAGCCAGCGCAGUUACGAAAACCCUGGACGAAAUGCUGUCUUUGGGUGCUUCUGUUAAUAUGUACAUGUUUUUCGGUGGCACAAACUUCGGUUAUACUUCAGGUGCCAAUAUUGUUGGGAACGUAUAUCAGCCGCAGUUAACAUCCUACGACUAUGACGCCCCGUUAACAGAAGCUGGCGAUCCAACUCCGAAGUACUUCCUAAUCAGAGACGUUAUCGCUAAGUAUCUGCUCAUGCCCAACAUAUCCCUACCGACGGUGUCUCCAAAAGGCAGUUACGGUUCGGUAUACUUGUCGCCAGUCUUGAAUCUGUUCGACACGAAGGGUCGAGAGAAAUUUGCAACGAUCGUUACACACGCAUCGGAUCCCUUGACGUUCGAGGCUCUCGAUCUCCCUCGUUGGUUAGCGUUGUACGAGACUAACUUGGUGACCAGUUCUUCGGAUCCAGCUACUCUACGUGCGACACCUCGGGACAGAGCGCUGGUCUACGUGGGUGACCACUUAGUUGGAACCUUCAGUCGCACUAACAAUAUAUACGACAUAAGCAUAGAGGAGCCCUACCAAAAAAAUUUAAAGCUACUGGUAGAAAAUCAAGGACGAGUGAACUAUGGGAGUGGACUUCGCGACUUUAAGGGGAUCUGGAACGUAACUCUGAACAACACGCCGCUUCGUGGUUGGACAAUGACAGGGUUCUCUCUGGAUAGCAUCACCCUAAAUGACAAUUACCCGACGAUCACGCUGGAGAACGGAACUCUUCGUCGUGGACCAGUGGUAUUGCGUGGAAAGUUCACUGUUUCUGGUGAACCGAUGGACACGUACUUAAACACUAUUGGCUGGGGCAAAGGAGUAGCUUUCGUGAAUGGCAGGAAUCUCGGUCGAUACUGGCCACUAGUCGGACCCCAAGUAACUUUAUAUGUCCCUGCACCAUACUUGCGAUCAGGUGAAAAUGAGUUGGUGCUGGUAGAGCUGGAGUAUGUACCAAGCAGCAGAAAGAUGAAAUUCCAGGACACACCGAUCUUAGAUCAAACACCACGAUCGUAUAAGCUAAAUGAUUUCAAUGGACCAUCGUUUUGGUACCAUUAGCUUCUGCUUUUAUAACUAGAAUAUGUAGGAAAAGGAUAUAAAAGGAUUUUAUAUUUUUACAUCCGAAAAAAACUACUCACAAGUUACAUCGCCUUCGAAAUGAUUAAGUUUCUUUUUUUAUUUAUUUAACCCUUGCAUUGUAUCCUCGCGUUUUCUUAGGGCGAAUAAGACCGACUGUUGUUUAAUUAAAAAGUUCAAUGGAAGGAAUAAAGUAUAUAAUUCUGUCUUA